AAGGAUGUCAUCGAAAGAAAACCCAAGUGGAGUGGAUCAUGGACAUCUUCUUGUACGGUUGGAGGAAGCCCCGGCAUGACAAGAUGGUACCUAAACGACAAGCUGUUCUUGCGUUCGGUAUGGCAGGGAACAGUAUGGAUCUCGAGGAAGUGUCGAGAAAGAAGUCUGCUCGAAAGGGAGAGCUUACUUGGGGAGAUCCUGCUGUCUAUCAUUGUCCACCCCUGAAGGAAACUCAGAGAGCUGGAUUUGAUCUUGUUUUCUCUGAUCAUCUCUAAGGAACUAAUGGAUUUUUGUACAUGCAAGUGUGUCUGUGUGAUCUUCACUCAUACGCAAGGUGUUUCACUCUCAUUUUCCAAC